AUGGCACUGGAGGGGGGGACAGGGUGGCGGGUGGUGGGGGAGGACUGGAAGCACAGUGGAGUGCCCUCGCCUGUUCCCGGCUUCUCCUCUGCUGGUGAGGCCGGUGUGUCUCACAGAUUACAGAGCUCCGGUCGCUCAGGUGGUGUCAUCAACUUGUCGGUGCCCGUGGUGCUGCCGUUGUCCACUGCAGAUAAAGAGCGUUUAGACGGAGUGACUGCCAUGGCGUUGGUCUACCAGGGCAAGCGAGUGGCCAUCCUCCGCAACCCCGAGUUUUAUGAACACCGCAAAGAAGAACGGUGCGCUCGCCAGUGGGGCACCACGUGCAAGGACCACCCCUACAUCAAGAUGGUGAUGGAAAGUGGGGACUGGCUGGUCGGGGGAGACCUGCAGGUUCUGGAUAAGAUCUACUGGCACGACGACCUCGAUCAGUACCGGCUGACGCCCACUGAGCUGAAACAGAAGUUUAAAGAAAUGAACGCAGAUGCUGUAUUCGCCUUCCAGCUCCGCAACCCAGUCCACAACGGUCAUGCUCUUCUGAUGCAGGACACCCACAAGCGCCUGCUCGAGCGAGGCUACCGCCGGCCCGUUCUGCUUCUGCACCCGCUGGGAGGUUGGACCAAGGACGACGACGUGCCGCUGCCCUGGAGGAUGAAGCAGCACGCCGCGGUGCUGGAGGAGGGCGUCCUGAACCCAGACUCUACCAUCGUGGCCAUCUUCCCUUCACCCAUGAUGUAUGCCGGGCCAACUGAGGUUCAGUGGCAUUGCAGAUCUCGGAUGGUGGCCGGAGCCAACUUCUACAUUGUGGGCCGCGACCCCGCCGGCAUGCCGCACCCCGACACGGGGAAGGAUCUGUACGAGCCCACUCAUGGCGCCAAGGUGCUCACCAUGGCUCCGGGCCUCAUCACCCUGGAGAUCGUUCCCUUUAAAGUCGCCGCUUACAACAAGGUCAAAAGAGCAAUGGACUUUUACGACCCCAAAAACAAGCAAGAUUACGAUUUCAUCUCAGGCACACGAAUGCGUAAGAUGGCCCGCGAGGGAGAGAAUCCUCCCGACGGCUUCAUGGCCCCGAAGGCCUGGGCUGUGCUGAAGGAUUACUAUAAAUCACUGGAGAAGGAUUAAAGGUGAAACAAACAUAAACACACAGUGAUGUUUAAUGUGGGGACCACUGAUCUUCUGUCACAAACCACGCUCUGGCUUCUGUCACUUUCACAUCAACUGUCUAUCAUGUUACUUCGCUCAGUUGUUUUUAGUCUUACGACAUUAGUGUUUUAACUGUAUGUACUUUUUUUAAUCAACUAAACUCCCUCUGAUGGUGAAAUAUAUAAUAGGAGAGGUCAGUAUUCAGCUGAAUUAGUAAUAAAAAAAAAAACCUAAACAUUUCUUUACAAUAGAUGUUUGUGUUUCUCACUAACUUUGUAUAUUCUGAUGACUGGUUAGAAAAGUGUUCUGUAAAAAUUCAAAGAUCAAGAACUGUAUGGGAAGUACUGUUGACCAGUAUUUGAAUAGAAAGGGGAUGAAUGUUGAGUAUUAAUGAUGUCCAAAUUAAAAAGAAAAGUUGCUUUGUACUGUAUGUUUGCAUGUGGCAGUGUAUCUAAUGUAAAAGUCGAGUGCCUUGGUCUUCUGAAAGUGACUUCACAUGAUGUCUUGUUUGAAUUAGGACACACACACACACACACACACACCUGCUUCUUGUCACACUUGACUUUAUGCCACACUGAAAUGGUCCAUUAGUUAAAUUAAUGGUCUGCAAAACAGAUCAGUAUUAAAUAUGUUUUAUAAGGAUAUGCAACCCUAACCUUCCCACAUUUUUUAACCUUUAUAUUUGUCAGUUAGUCUAUUUAUUCUGUUCUAACAGUACAUUUUUCUUUUUAACCCUUGUGCAUGUAGUUGUGGUGCUUUUAAAUCUCUCAACAGUCCUGCUAUUUUCUUACAUUUUCAUCAUGAUCAUGAUUGUGUUUUUUUCACUCAUGGGUUGCUAAUAUUUUCCAUAUGGUGAUUCUCUUUUAAGAGUUUCACUGUAUAAUCAGAUGGUUGAUGGUUGCCACCAAGGGAUCAGAUUUGUAAUCUUCCUUGUCCAAUAAACCAUUUUUAGCAAAAGAA